AUCAAAAUUAGUGAUAAGUGCUGCGCUAUGUUUUUCAUUUCCAUAGCUUGUUUUUUGCUCUUUCUCUACUACCUCUUUACAAAAAACUAUGGCUACUGGGAAUCCAAAAACGUCCCUUUCGAAAAACCAGUUUUCAUUUUUGGAAGCUUCUACAAGAUAAUGACAAAACAACAACAACUUUUCUACCGAAUCCGGGAAAUAUACAACAACUUCAAAACCCCGUACUGCGGAAUCUACAUCUUCAACCGCCCAAACCUCGUCAUCAGGGAUCCACAACUGAUCAAAAAUGUCUUGGUAAAAGAUUUCGAUAUAUUCAUGAACCACCAAAUCGCCUCCAACGAAAAAGUUGACCCUCUGGCCUACCACAGCCUAUUUGGUUCCCAGGAUGACGUUUGGAAAAACCUGCGCAGCAAAAUUUCCCCCGUUUUCACUUCAGGCAAAAUGAAGUUAAUGCUGCAAUUAAUGAAAGAAUGUGCUUCCGAUUUGGUAGUUUGUGUGGAGAAACACUGCGGCAACAAAAUUGAUAUUAAAGAUGUAAUGAAGAAGUAUGCCGUGGAUAUUAUUUCGUCGUGUGCUUUCGGUAUCAACUCGUAUUGUCUUAAGGAGGAGCAGUCGGAAAUAAUGGAUGUUGCCACGAAACUUACCGACUUUAAGUCGUUUGUUAGGAACUUUUCAGUGUUCAGUUUUCUUUACGCACCGAAAUUGGUUGACAUUUUGCGGCUGACGAUGUUUGACAAAACCGCUUCUGAUUAUUUGAUUGGUGUGUUUAAGAAUACCCUGAGAGAACGUGAGAAGAAGGGGAUUUUGCGAAAUGAUUUCAUUCAUUUACUCAACAAUUUGAAGCAGGAUGAGGCUUUUAGUGAAAAUUAUAAAUUCGAUGACUUAAAAAUGGCUGCACAAGCCAUAACAUUCUUCUUUGCUGGAAAUGACACCACUGCUUUUACAUUAUCAUUCGCUAUGUAUGAAUUAUCCCGAAAUAAAGAAGUACAAGAUCGACUGCGCCAAGAAAUCAAAGAAGCUUUUAACAAACAUGGUACCCUUACCUACGAGGCAAUUCAAGACAUACCUUACCUCGAAAUGGUUUUAAAUGAGGUACUACGCAAAUAUCCCUUUACCAUUAUCCUGGAUAGAAAAUGUGACAACACUUACACUUUUGAAGACACUGGAUUGACUAUUGACAAAAAUGUUUCGAUAUUAAUUCCGAUUGCUGGACUACACUACGACCCGCAAUAUUUUCCGGAUCCGGAAAAAUUUGAUCCUGAAAGGUUUAGUUUGGAAAAUAGGGAUAAAAUAGUACCUUAUACGUUUUUACCCUUUGGUGAUGGUCCAAGAAGCUGUUUAGGACAAAGGUUUGCACUUUUGGCAAGCAAAGUAGCUUUGGCUCACUGUUUGAAGGAUUUUGCUUUUGAUAUAGCAGAUACCACGAAGGUACCGCUUGAGUUGGAUAAUGGUGUACCGUUUAUAAUGAACAAAGGUAAUCUUCAUCUAAGUGUUACAAAAUUGUAGUUUACUGACUUAAUUUUUUUCUGCGGUAAUGUAUACUUUUUGUUAUGCCUAAUGUGAGACAAGUGUUAGCUAUAUAUUUAAUGUCAUUUUUAUUACAUACAUAAUUUAUAAAUAAAAAUUUUAUUUAAUUCUUA